ACGACAAGAUGGCGGGACGUUCAAAAACUCCGCCGACAGGCCACAUUUACAUCAGAAUAAACUGUAAAUAAAGUACAAUUUAACGGCAAUCUGUCGACCGACAAACCGUCAACUGAUCGCCCGGUAACGGCCGGUAAACAUGAACCAUUGCCGCGGGAAGUGGGACCCUCCGUGCGGUCUGGCAGGCUCCCCGCUGCAGCACCAGGCAGCCGCAACAAAACCAAACCGACUGAGGAGAAGCUUCAGGCAGACUCAGCAGACACAGGUCGACCCUCCAACGAGUCAACACCCGGAUUUCAAGACUCCGACCAGAAUCCCAAGAUCCAGAGCAGUCAGUGUUUUCAGUGGAGAGUCUCCGCACAACGACUCCGACUUUCAGCAGGACAUCAUCUGGGACGCCACCUCUCCUUCACCCAACAGACUCGGUAAAAGAGGCAAGAAGCAGCGUGCGGGAGUUGUGAACAUCUCAGAGAUUGUUAACAGGAUCGCUCCAAAACAUGGCAGACCGAAGGUUGCAGAGCCGACUUUGCAGCAGUGGAUCGGAGACAGCGCCACCAUUCCCUGCACGCCAGACGUUCAGGUUCCCAAACCCAAGAAGAAGUCCCCGAGGCCAAACGGAGUGGACGACCUGCUGAAGCUGGCCCAACAGUUUGACUUCAACAUGUUUCGUCAGGAUGAAGACGAAGCGGAGGACUUGCACCAGCAGAGUCUGGAGCUCCUGUCAGAAGACAUCCUGGAUUGGGAGAAUGGUUCUCAAAAUGACUUUUCACCUUCGCUUCCUGGAAACAGUCACCCAGCUGUGAAGCCAGCAGCGGUAGCGGUGGCGGCGGCGGCGACAACAGCAGCUGAGACAGACGUGCAGCUCCAACUGGAUCAAUAUAUGGAGGACGAUUUGGAUUUCCUGUUUGAUGGACCGACCCAACAUGUCAGCGGGAAUCUGAGUCAGGUGUCAUUAGCUCAGCCGUCACAAGUGAAACCUUCUUCCAGUGAAGAUUCUGGGAAACUGUCUGCUUCCUCGCACAGUCCCACUGCUGGUGCUUCAACGACCAACACGAAAGGAGUUUCAGCAAAAGAUGAGUUUGAGGACGAUUGGGAAAACGAUGACUUGCUGAAUGACUCUUUAGUGCUGGAGAUGACACAAAAUCCACAGAGCUUCAUUGCUCCAAAGCACUGUUCAACCCAAAAACCACCCACUCAGAUAAAUUAUCAAAGGCAAAGUCCAGCAAAUGUCCAAUCAGCUGUUUCUAAAGUGGAAAAGGACAAUGUGAGACCAAGAACUACUUUUAAACUGGAGUCUAAUCCUAAUUUUUUAAAUUUUUUUGUGGGAAAACCCCAGACGGACACACAGACAAACUCGAAGGAUUACAACUCAAAAACAGCAGGAAAAGACUCUCAGCAGAAGUUUUCAUCUGUUAAGAGUGUUUUAGUCGAGGUGGGCUCUCAGUGUACCUGGCAAACAAACACAUUGAAGUCAGACACACAGUUUCAUCAAAGGACCUCUGUUGCCAAGCACAACACGGCUGCGUCACACACAUCAGCUACAAAAACAACUCAAAGCUUUCCAGUUAAACCUGCGGUGGUUUCAUCCCGCAGCGAGACGCCUGCCGUCUCUGACCUCUUGGAUGAGGACUUGUCUUCGUUCUUCUUAUCCGACCCAGUUUGGGACGACCUCGCUGACGACGACCUGCUGUGUGAAAUGUGUGAAGAUUUGGAGAACCAGAUCCAGAGCGCUGAGAACGUUUCCACCAAACAGACCCAGUCUAAUCAGAGAGCGGCUCUGCAGCCGUCCAACAGGAACCUGCAGCCAGCCAGUCAGCAAACUUUCCAACUCAAUAAACAAAUGCCAACAAGUCUUCCACAUGCUUCAGGAAGACCAGCUGGUGGUUUUGGCUAUAAAGUCGCUGGAGGUCACACACUAGCGAAAAACACUUCAGGAUCCACAAACAGCUCAACGUGUGUGCAGGGGAGCAGCUGGGUCCAGUCAGCACCGCAAGGAAACUCCCAUAAAGACCAGUUCACCUUCAAGAAGCCAAACAACCCAGUUUCUAUGGUGACCACCACAGCUGUGGGUAAAUGUUCAGCAGCAGAGAUCGAGAUGAAGAAGCAGCAGGCGAUGGAGAGAAGACGUCAGAGACUGCAGGCUGCCCAAAACCUUCGAGCUCCCACCUGACGGAGGCGAAUAACAACAAGCUCGUCUCACCUCACCUGCACGACGAGGAAACCUGCCGUCAGAGCUCCACCUGCUCAGACCUGCUGUUUGUUGGCACCAGUGUAGGUUUCUGAUGACUUUCUCAAAUGUGAGAAUUUAAAUCUCUGAAUCAGUUCGACCAACAUUUCUUAUAAAAAUUGAUGCUCUUGUAAAAUUAAACUGUACAUGUACUGUAAUAUGAUUAAUGUCUUGUUUAUAUUCUAUCAGACUUUUUUAAAGUUUUUUGUUUUUUAAAUCAAGUUGUGCCUUUAAAGGAAUAAUUCAGCGCUCUAGAAAAAUUCACUAAUUAGUUUUUUUCUGAGAGUGAGAUUAGCAGUGUGUGUGUGUGUGUGUGUGUGUGUGUGUUUGUUUGUGUGUAGCCCUUUCUACACAGACAUGCAGUUUAGAGCCGCUUCGAAGUUCCUUUCUUACACAGCCUUUCCGUUUUUAAACAGCACCAAGCAA